AUGGAUCUGACGUUUCCAUAUGAGAAAAAGCGCAGUGAAUUUGGUAAGCAAUGCAUGUUCAACGACAGAGGACCAGAAUUGAUAGACAGUUGUCCGUCUUCGCUGAGGGUUUCCGUGGAUUUCAUCAGAAGAAAUCCAGUGAAUACGGGUGUGCAAAAUUCAAAGAUCCAGGCAGAACAUGAAAUCAACACGUAUCGCGCGGAAUAUAGUAACGCGCUGAUGAACCAUGUUGAAGGUGGAUGGCCAAAAGAUGUUAACAUCGCAGACGAAGAGCAGACCAAGCGGUAUCGCAGGAAGGUCGAGAAGGAUGAGAGUUAUGCGCAUAUUAUGCAACAACUAUGCAAGAAUAUGGAAAAUUGCAUUCUUCAAAAUAACGCUAUCAACAUUUAUCAACAAUAUUAUACAGAUGUUGAGCCAACGCCACUCACAGAGCCUUGUACAGCAAGAACUGUUAACGUUUUUCAAGACCAAUCAUCCCUGAAGCGACCGGUGACGAACAUGUCAUGGUCUCCGGAUGGUGGUAGCAGAGUAAUUGUAUGCCAUUGUAAUCUCGUGUAUCAGGCUAACAUUCAAUCCAAGCAUCAUCAUUCCUACGUUUGGGAAUUAGAGAAUCCAAAUACGCCUCAAAUGAUUCUAAAUCCGCCGACUCAAUCAGUGUGUAUAGAAUACAAUCAGAAAGAUCAAAAUUCCUUGGUUAGUGGUCAAUACAAUGGACAAGUUGCCGUAUGGGAUGUACGUCGAGGAAAUGAACCGGUUGAUUUUAGUGUGAUGGAGUGCAGUCAUAGAGAUCCGGUGAAUAGUAUUCUUUGGAUAAACUCAAAGUCUGGAACAGAAUUCUUCAGUGGUUCCACGGAUGGUACCCUGAAAUGGUGGGAUACCAGAAAGAUGAAAGAUCCUUUGGAGACACUUAUACUGGAUGCAUCAAAAUCAGAGGAACAGUCAAUAUCCAACGCUCUAGGCUGCUCAAUUCUGGAAUACGAGCACACGAUUCCAACUAGAUUUAUGGUUGGUACUGAAAAUGGCUAUGUUAUUUCUUGCAAUCGCAAGGGAAAAGCACCUAACGAGAAGAUGAUGGCUAGAUAUCAUACACACUACGGUCCGGUAUUGGCUUUGCAACGAAACGCCGCGUUCGUCAAGAAUUUCUUAACCGUAGGCGAUUGGACAGCGAGAAUUUGGUCCGAGGAUUGCAAAGAGAGUGCUAUUAUGUGGACAUCCUAUCACAAAGCUCGCUUAUCCGACGGUGCUUGGAGCCCAACCAGAUAUUCGGUAUUUUAUACCGCAAGAUCCGACGGAAUUUUGGAUGUAUGGGAUUUGCUGCAAGAUCAACAUGCCGCCACGAUAGGUGUUAAAAUAUCCGAUGAGCCAUUGACGAAGUUAAAAACUAACGAAGGUGGUCGUUUGAUAUGCGUGGGAAAUCAAAUUGGAACAACUUACAUCAUUGAAUUCAGCGAUAAUUUGAGUUAUUCCAACAAAAACGAUAAGGCUCUUCUAACAGCCAUAUUUGAAAGAGAAACUAGAAGAGAGAAGAUUUUGGAGGCACGUAACCGAGAGAUUCGUCUGAAGCAGAGAACUGCUAGGAGUUCGACGCAAUUAGCCGAAGAACAAGUGGAUACCGAUGAUACCUCUUUCGAAGAUCCAAAUGUUGUAGCAGCAGAACAGGAGUUCUUUGCUAUUAUCGAAAGGGAAACCAAAGUUGAAGAAGAAGAAGAAGAGGAGGAGGAAGAAGGGCAAGAGAAUCUAGAGCUACUUCAAGGAUUUGAUACAGAGGACGAGGUCAAACCUUAGAUAUUAUUUUAUUGUAAACUUUUAUUAUUAAAGCAAAACAAAUAUAUUUUUGAGAUAUUCACUACCUGAGAUGUAACAAAACUGAUCUAUAACUGUUCAAGAAUUUUGCUAUUGAAAUAUACGAAUCACUAUUUGAAAUUAAUUUGAUCGAUAUGCCAUAUUAUGCCUGUUAAUGGUACCAUGAAUUCUAAUACAAAUUAUUACUUUUUUUGUGUUCAAUUAUCUCCAUUCUCAUAAAAGCACUCAAUAUUCAUACGAACUUACACACUUUAUCAUUAUAAAAGAUAA